CCACCACGUCGACGCUCCCCCAACCCCAAGGCCGCAAACCCUCCCCGUCUCGUCUCCGCAGAGCCAUUCUCCCCAAAUCGCCCCUCCGCAGAAACGGGAGCAGCGCGGCGGCACCCCUGAACCCUACCUCUCCCCACCAUGGCCCUCCCCCGCCGCCUCCUCCCCCUCUUCCUCCGCCGCGGCGGCCGCCUCCCCUCCUCCCCCGCCCCCACCCCCGCCCGCGCCCUCUCCACGGCCGCCCUGCCGGCCGACGCCCCCGCCGCGGAGGAGGAUGCCGACGCCAUCACCAUCAAGGGCGUGCGCAUCUCCGGCCGCCCGCUCUACCUGGACAUGCAGGCGACCACGCCCGUCGACCCGCGGGUGCUCGACGCCAUGCUCCCCUUCUACCUCUCCCGCUACGGCAACCCGCACUCCCGCACCCACCUCUACGGCUGGGAGUCGGACGCCGCCGUCGAGGAGGCCCGCGCGCGCGUCGCCAGGCUCAUCGGCGCCGACCCCAGGGAGAUCUUCUUCACCUCGGGCGCCACCGAGUGCAACAACAUCGCCGUCAAGGGCGUCAUGCACUUCUACCGCGACCGCCGCCGCCACGUCAUCACCACCCAGACCGAGCACAAGUGCGUCCUCGACUCCUGCAGGUACCUCCAGCAGGAGGGGUUCGAGGUCACCUACCUCCCCGUUCGCCCCGACGGCCUCAUUGACGUCGGGCAGCUCGCCGAUGCCAUCCGCCCCGACACCGGGCUCGUCUCCGUCAUGGCCGUCAACAACGAGAUCGGCGUUGUCCAGCCGCUCGAGGAGAUUGGCCGCAUCUGCCGCGAGAAGGGCGUGCCCUUCCACACAGACGCGGCGCAGGCUCUCGGGAAGAUCCCAAUUGAUGUCAACCAGAUGGGGAUUGGACUCAUGUCGCUGUCUGCUCACAAGAUUUAUGGGCCCAAGGGUGUCGGUGCGCUCUACCUGCGCCGCCGCCCUCGCAUUCGCGUGGAGCCACAGAUGAGUGGGGGUGGCCAGGAACGUGGCAUCCGCAGUGGCACGGUGCCCACGCCAAUUGUUGUUGGAUUUGGUGCUGCCUGUGAAAUUGCAGCCAAAGAGAUGGACUACGACGAGAGGCGAGUUAGUGCUCUGCAGCAGCGUCUGCUUGAUGGCAUCCGUUCCAAGGUUGAUGAUGUUGUCAUCAAUGGUAGCAUGGAGCACCGGUACGCGGGCAACCUGAACUUGUCAUUUGCAUAUGUCGAGGGCGAGAGCUUGCUGAUGGGGCUGAAGGAGGUGGCUGUGUCAAGUGGCAGCGCAUGCACCAGUGCUAGUUUGGAGCCUUCCUAUGUGCUCCGGGCGCUUGGUGUGGAUGAGGACAUGGCACACACCUCCAUUCGAUUUGGCAUUGGCCGCUUCACCACCGAGGAAGAGGUCGACAGAGCAACUGAGCUCACUGUCCAUCAGGUGCUUAAGCUCCGGGAGAUGAGUCCACUCUAUGAGAUGGCUAAGGCAGGCAUCGACAUCAAGAGCAUCCAGUGGUCGCAGCACUGAGACUCUUAUCACAAUGCUGUUCGCUGGACUGCUUUAGAUGUGCUCGGAUGGACACAUACAUAGGCACGUUUGGUAGUUGAAGAUAGUGUUGGCAUCCUAAUCAUAAUGAUAGAUCUGCGAAGAUGAUCGAUGAGUAUUAUGUAAGGAGGCAUGUUUGGCAGCACUCAAAACAAUCUGGCGAGAGUUAGAUUUGUUCUCUAGCUGGAAUGUAUCAAAACACGAAAUAAUGAUAUUUGCUGUUGUAUCUUUUGAAGGACAGUUUGAACUAGUUACAGCGCUGUGUAUGUAUUAUUGCUGCAGAUAUGGUUUUGGUAUUCUCUCAGUUUGUUAUGACAAGAGAUAUGUACUCUUUGGUUC